GGCCUUCUCCGUAUCGCAUGUGUCGUUGUCUUCAAAAUACAGACGUCAACCGGGAGCUUGCGCCGUCCGCACAGCGCAGAUUUCCCGUUUCCUUUUUUCCAGAGGCGCCUAGCGGGAUGUCAGUGACCCUGCGAGGCCUCCGACGCGGCAACGAUAGGCGGGGUGCAGGUCUCCGCAGGCUCAUUUGUUUGUUCUCAGAUUUCUCUUCACUUGAAUUUUUUUCCGCGUGUGUGGAGUAUCCCCGCCAUUAAAGAGGCAGAGGCAUUUCAUCUAAAAACUACGGAAGGUCCUAAAGAACACCGUUCGACGCGGCGGCUUGCCGCAGCGACUCCGCGUGUGCUAGAUUUUUUCCUGUCUGUUUUACAAGAGAGGAGUUCCAUGCGUUUCGUCGCCCUCAUGCGAUAGAAAAGGAAAGCCGACGUUUCUUCUGAAGAAGAAAAUGACGCUCUCAAGGAAAAAGGCGUCUCCGGGAAACACAUGCCCGUCACAACUUCUGUAGGCAGGGUCACCAUGUGCUUUUGUAGUCACCCUCCGCACACUUUUUUUCGAUUGCGUCGCCAAUGGAAACUUCUUUCGAAGCUCGUUUCUCAUUGUUUCGGGACAAGUUGAGUGGCCGUCUGAUUUCGUGUAAAAGGUGAUGCACGCAGGGAAGAAAAGGGCGUUUUCGAAGUAUGUCUCGCUCCGUUUCCUUGCUCAAGUGUGUCGGGUUUGGUUCUGGAAAUGCGACAUACCUGGAAUUGAAAAGAUCAGAACGUUCUUCGCAUUCUUCUGUUGCUGCGGUGCUCCACAAAUUGACCUUGUGGGGAGGAGAGGGCGCUGCAGACGCGGAAAGGCGGCACCGUAGAAGGAGAGGAAUCGACGGUAAAAAACUCGCCUCUUCACUCGGCUGCGCCGAACAUCGACAUCCUUUUCCGCUCCACGCAGUUCCUGCUUGGACAAGGAGGCCCAGGGUCUUGUGCAUGUGUCUACAUUCAUUUUCCCUCUGACGUCACCCUCCACCUUUUUCCUUCCUUCUUCUCUGUUCUCUCCCCUCUCUGUUUCUCUCGCGUCGCGGAGCGUUGUUUCUGUUUCUUCUCUAGAGUUCGCAGCAAGAUGAAGGUCUUCAAGGUCGCCUCCGCGCCGCCUUGGCAGGAUCGACCUCGCCGACUUCUGUUGUCGGGUCACUUCUCUCUGUCUUCCUUCUUUCUCUCUCGAGGCUUCCUUCCUCUCUCCCUUCUCAUUCUGUUCCCUUGCCUCUGCUGGUUCGUCCUCUCCCCCUCGUCCCUCUGUUCUUUCGAUCCUAUUGGAUUUGUCUCCUCCCUCUUGUCAUUGCCUUCUCGCGCGUUUGUCCUUCUCGCCUCCUUCUGCUCUUUACCAUCUCUGUCUUUCUUGUCUUCUGUGCCUUCUCUGUCCUCUGUCUCUGUUUUCUCUGCUUCGCCGGGCUCUCUGUUCCUCGCGUUUUCUCUCAUCUUCCUCUCCAUGGAAGUCUACACUUUUGCGCGCUUUGCAGCUGCAGUGUCCUGGCUGGAGGAUCUCCCCUUUUAUCGGCCCACGCCAGAUCCGCACUACUUUGCUUUUCUUCUGCGUGCAUGCAUCCACUACCCCUGCGCGCGUCUGUACUCCACUCUCUGCGAAGAAGCGAAAGGCUGGCAAACAGACGUCGACUCGCGAUACGAAGCGCUGAGCGUCUGUGGAGGGUUCAGCGAGAGUCAGAGCGACGCAGAAAUGCUGCAAAAACUUCUGUUCGGACCUCGCGGCAAGUCGACGAAACAGGCUCGCGCACUCGAAGAGCGAACGAAGCAAUCUUCUCAGAAGGCCGUGCAUGCGGUACUGACGCCGGACGAGAGUCGGGAGGAAGUCACGGAAGCAGGCGGGAGGCAAAAAGAGGAGAGCCGCCGCUCGCAGACCUUUCGCGUCUCUCCAGUUCCUUCGACUUGCGCCUCGCAUUCCCCCCUGUCUCUGAGUGAGACGAAGUGGAGACUCGCAGCUUCUCCCACAGGCCCUGAGUCUCCUUCGUGUCGCCUUUCCUCGCCCUGGAGUCACUCCUCUGCCUCGCCGUUCGACAGCAGCACGCGAGCGACGCUCUUCCCCACUCCGCGAGAUUCUCAGUCUCCUCUUUGUGAAGAGGAAAGCGUCUCAGAGACGAACGACGCGCUGAAAUCCGAUACAGGCGCAGACUCCACACACGGAGGCAGCCGACUCGCAGCACCCGCAGAAGUCGCCGCAGGGGUCGCUCAGGACGGACGCAGGGAAGCAGGAGCAGCCGCGAGACAGGGAGAGAGGAGAGAGGCGAACCGAGAAGAGGAGGCUGAAGAAGAAACGAAGAGCGAUGAACAGAGGAGAGAAGGAGAGAAACGAGAAGAAGAGAUCGAAGACGAGACACAAGAAGAGAGAAGAAGUGAAAGAGUGGAGGAACGAGAAAAGAUGGAGAUCUUAGGAAAAGAAACAGCAGAGAAAGGAGAAGACGCGUUUGUCACACAUCCACCUGAAGCUUUAGCCUCGAUGUUGUAUUACGCAUUCUUCACAAGCGUCCAGCCGACGCAGCUCACUGUCAACCUUGUGGCUGCAUGGCUACGAGCCCACACUCACUUCCCUCUCUCUGCCUGUCGAGCAGCUAUCAACUAUCUGCAAGCGACAGGCAGCUUCCACUUUGUCGUUGACGAUGAGGUCCAAAGCAGAGAGGCGAGCAAACCUGCAAGGAGACCAAGAAGCGUCCCCUCAUCUCCCAUCGGUUCGUCUCAAGAGACAGUGUCUCCUCAAGCGCCCGUGUCUCCUUCUCUAGAGGCAGUGUCUUCACAAGAGGCACUGCCUUCUUUCCGAGAGACGUCUGCACCUUCGCAAGAGCAGUCUGUUUCUUGUGGGUGGCCUCUGUCUUUUCUCACGACUUUCAUCUCUCGCUCUUCUUCCUUCUUUCGUCGAUCCGCCUCUGCGCAGGCUCCUCUUAGUCUAGAAACGACUCCAGGGUGGCUGUACGGCGCAGCUCCGAUUCGCCCCCACUACCGGCCCUUGAUUCUUCAGCUGUUCGUGAACUUCUGUCAAUUUCUCUUCGUCUCGGCCUUGACGACUCUCGGCUUUGUCGCCGUCAGUCCCCGCUGUAUGUGCCGCACAUGCAGCAGCACCGUCCGCGGCUGCACGCAGCGACGCAAGCCCCGUCCCGAAGCCCUCAGGCGCCCACGCUGCCUCGGUGAGGCGAUCCCUUUGAAACGCGAGAUGGACGGGUGCCCUGCAGCGCAUUCAGUGGAAAAACGGUGUCAGGUGGAGGUCGAGACGGCGUCCGCUAACCGAGAAAACGCACGCAACAAUCCGGAAGAAGACGAGGAAGCGACACUUGAAGGCGGACUCAAAUUUCUGCGAUUCUUCCUUUAUCUUCCCCCCAUAGUUCCCCCUUCUCCUCCCCCUUCUCCUUCUUCUUCUCCUUGCUCUCCUUCUUCUCCUUCUCCUUCUUCUUGCUCGUCAUCGUUCUCUGAGGGACGGCACUCUGCACCUGGCGUCAAGGCGCCGAUCGUGCUCAUUCACGGCUUUGGCUUCGGCCUGUUACCUUACAUUUUGCAUGCACUUUUGCUGGUGAUUCGCCAGCGCUUCUGGACUCCCGCGGAAGAGCGAAGACCGAUCGUUCUUCUCGAGUUUGCGUGGCUUGGCUUGGAUGGCCAAGGCGCGCAGCUGAUGCGGCAAUCGCAGGCAAUCGAGGAGGCGAGGGCGCGCGCGGUGAAGAGGAUGAGAGGACGAGAAGAAAGCGCGUGCGGCCUGACACGGAGCCCCACAGAGGCAGAGCGCGAACAGAAGGCGAAGGAGCUCCUGGAAGGCCCAGAUGCCUCGAAGGCGAGGAAGGCAGACUUCGGCAGAGAAGAGAAAGUCGAGGACGCGCGCAGGAGUCUGAGAGCGUAUGCAGCGAGGGUAAAAGAGUCGUCAAAGGAGGCGAGUGAACCCUGUGCCUGCGACGGUGUCGGCGAGAAGGAAGAAGACGCCCAUUCUCGGCGCCUACCACCUCCUCUCCUGUGGACAGACAUUGUGCCGCUGAUGCCCGCGAUCUGUCGUUCUCUCGCGGACUUUCUCGAAGAUCUCCACCGCGUUCAACUGGAAGAUCUGCAGACCGCAAUGAGACUCGCGAAACUUCAGAGGCGAGCAGAAGACGGCAAGGAAACAGGGGAACACGGAGAAGCAGGCGCCGGAGAGGAAGAAGCAAGAGAGAGUGGGAAAAGCGCGGCAGGAGAAGAUGUUGGGAAGAGGGGAGAGAAGAAGAAAGAAGGCGUUUCUUCGGCUUGGAGACGUGUGAACGAAAACAAGCUUUUACUCACGUUUGUGAGAGAAGACAUUUCUUUGCGCAGUCCGGGAGAAGAGGACAGUCAAGAAGCGCCAUAUCUGGAGAGGCAUGGGGUCCAAGUCGACGUCGUUGCACACUCGUACGGAACAGGCGUCACAUCCUGUCUCCACAUGAUGCAUCCUUCUCUCCUGAGGAGAUGCGUACUUGUCGACCCAGUUUGCUUCUUCCCGAACUGCACGGUCAAGGCGCAACUCGUUCACAGGCAGCCAUGGCAAAUCCGCUUGCUUCCUCGCCACAGCGGAGCUGAGAGGGGGCAUGAAGAUCCAGUCGACCCCGGAUCGCGAGCCGCAGAGACCGAGGCCUUUGGGAAGAAGGUGGACGGCGCGUUCACGAGAACGACAGGUGUGGGGAGCGAAGCGAAAGGCAGCAGCGGGCCUCGCGUGGACGCCUGCGGGGGGCUGCAGCGCGUCUCCUGUCCCGCAAAGGCGGACCUUCGCACCGAUCGAAGAAAAGGCGCGAACCAAGGCGUCUUGGAAGAGGCAGCACGUUCCUGCGAGACUGCUUCUUCGUCGAAAUCAUGGCUUUCCAGAGUGGAUCUCUGCGCUCUGCAGCGGCGCCGAAAGCCAUGGCGGUUGACCGCGCUGGCGCCUCUCCUUCGGGUGGCGCUUUUGCAUGCAAUCGACCGCUUCGCUCUCUUCUUCUACUGGCUCCUGGUGUACAGGGAGCUCGGGACGCGAAUCACGACAUCCAGGCAGCUGCAGGGUCACGAGUAUUUGGACCGCGGCGGCCUGCUGCGUCUCCAAGACCGCUUAAUGGUCGUUUUAGGAAGCUUCGACUUGAUUUCGCCAGCGGCGCACAUCAAGGCGUUCAUGGACUGCGUCGCUCCUCGCGUCGAGUGUCUGUACUGCCCAGGAGCACACCACGGCGUCGUCGCGUUUAUGCCUUCGGUCCUAGCAACGAUCGACAAAUUCCUCGCGACCUAGAGCCGAGGGCAGCGCCGAAGGAACGAAGGAUCAGUCGCAACUUGCGUGUGUGUAUAUGGAGAGAGUCAGAGCCCGGAGAGAAAUAGAGAUGGGAGAAACAUUGCAAGGGUGAGAGGCUCGCGGACGCUCGGGAUCGGAGCGGAGUUUCACAGAGUUCUGGGAGAAAUAGGAAACGCAAGGAACGAAAGGACGGUCUCGGAGUCCCUGGGGGGGCGGUCUCAGGUGCACAAAGAGGUUCUUCUUCUCAAAAUAUCCGUUCCUGAAACCCACACACUGUAAACACACACCAGCGCCUGCUCGAAGCCGCGGGCGCUUGCUGCUUUCCCUCUAUCUCUGUUGUGUAAAUCAGGCGGUCUAUUGCUCAAGCCUUUUUCCUUUUUUCCCCAUGUGCCUCUCUAUAUUUCGUGCAUUCAUUCAAAUAGAGACGUACAUAUAUAGAUGUAUGUGUAUGCAUAUGUUCAUGUGUGUAGCUCGCACUAUGUGUGUGUAGCGCCGUAUUUGUUUUGGGAUUGUUUUCUGUAUUUGUUGAUCCGCAUUCAGCAGCAGACAGGAGUAAGGAAAUGGGCUGCACUAAGGGAGGGUAGGAAUGCCAAGCAUCCGGAAGAGGUUCUUGUCGCUGUCGUUUAAAAAUUUUUUGCAGAAGGCGAAAGAUUCGUGUCCAGUGUACAGACACUCGUUCAGUGGUUACAGCAGCGAGAGAACGGGCAAAAUAGAACCGAUACCGCAUCUAUGUGGAUAUAUAUAGAUAUUUAUUUGUUUUCUCGCAGUGAUGCAGUGAGACAAAGAGCGAGAUACGAUCAUGUCUCGAGUCUCAAUGCAGCAUCCCGUUUUCGUGGGAGAUGGAAAACGAAAUGCGACCGUCUUUGCCGGUUGUCUGAGACCUUGUUGCGCAAGAAUGAAAUACAUUUUCAAGCCAAACGAGACGCUCAGGAACCUACAGCAAGCGUCAUCUCGUUUGAAUCUUUAGAACCAUACUUAAACAUACACUCUUUACCGCCAAGUACCUCUUAUUCAUAUACAUAUUCGUGUGUUUAUGCGGAGAUACACGGGUCUGUGUGUCGCCGUGAUGACGCCCGAGAUAACAUGGAAACGAAUGUGUCUCUAGUGGUAAGGGAGUGAGAUCUCCUUUUUGAGGCGGUUGUUUCUGCUUUAAGUGGGAUGAGUCCGGGCAUCCCGUGUCGGAUGUCUGCUGUACAGUCUGCGGAGUUUUUGUCGCUUCAAACAACGGCUACUUUUAUGAAAUGGGUUCUGGGGCCUUCGUAGAGGUACAUCGACUCUGAUAGUCAGUCUGGGGGAGGCCAGGGCAGAUUCUGGGCCUUUGGAGAGUCUGUUAUACGAAGUUCGAUUUUUUCUGUCUUUUGUAAUGAAACACGAGCCGAGUCGAAGCACCUGGCACACGCACCCUGGUGUCUCCAUUUUCUUCCCCAGCUUUUUUUUCAAAAGUGGUAGCGGUCGGGGAUUGUAUGGGAGAUGUGUCUAAAGGGAGAUUCCAAGCCAUUAGGCAAGUCCUCGCUUUUUCGUUUGCCGGCGGCACCGUCCCGUUUGCUUUGGUGCAGCAUUAUGGCCGGUUGCACGCCCUUUUUUAUUUCGUUUUUCCAGAGAAAAGCACGAAACACUGCGGCGGAGGGGGAGCUCUCUCACUGGGGGCUGCACUGACAUCCAACCUUUUGAUCUGUCUUAGGCAGUCCAGCGAGGUGGUGGAGCACUGCAGUCAUAAAGAAUGUCGUUGUCUGUAUCCCGGAAGUCGGGGAGAUUUGCACUUCGUUGCGUCAGGAGAUCCACUUACCUACAAUUUCUGUAAACAGAAAUGCGUAGAUAUGUGAGCAUGCACAGGAGCUGCUGUUUGUGUGUAUGUACAGGCUGUGAGUUUUUCUCCACAGAUGAAUGAUUCUUAGCGAUGAGGUCCCGCGCAAUGUUGCAUGUGUUCGUGCAUCUCUGUUUUAUGUCUAUCACACCAAUAGGGCGUACUCUUCUAUCAAGGCGUUUCUGGUUUGACUUCUCAACGAGUCCGCUUCUGCCCCGAAAAGCGAAUGCAGGCAUCUAGGCGUCUUGCUUUACUUCUGAAAACGAUGAGUGGAAAACAUCCCGACUACGGAAGAGUUCGUGUUUCUGCC